CGUCGUGGUGCAAACUGUUCAGGCCAUAGUGCACGCAGGUUGUACCAUCCGGUACGGGAUAGCAGCGUACGACGAUAUCGGAACAUUGCUGCGUGGAGGCGGUCACGUGCCCCCAACGGAGCUAGGACGAUGCACCUGGCGAGCCCGGUGCAGGUGCGACCGGGCGAGCCCUGAGGAUUCGCGAUUGCUCCGUUCCCAUCGCGCCGAGCGGCUCGCCGUCGAGGACAGCUGAUCUUUCGGGUGGUUCAGGUCGAGGUUCGUCCUCGCUCGACGCGCCUGGCAGCCACGUGCGAGGACGAGCAGACAAGCGGCGGUGAGGCGGUGGUAGCGGGGAGGGAGGUGGAGGAAAUCGGUAACGUGGAGGAGGUGGUGCUCGACCGGGUCAUCGAGGAAGAAGGUGCCUCGUUCUGGCACCUUUUCGAACAAACAUGAGACGCUCGUGGACGCUUGUCGCAGCGAUAGCCCUGGCUGCAUCGGGGCUGGUAAGUGGCGGUUUCCAUGAGAAGAGGCUGCUGAACGACCUGCUGGACUCGUACAACGUGCUGGAGCGGCCGGUGGGCAACGAGUCCGAACCCCUCGUGCUGAACUUUGGCCUCACGCUCAUGCAAAUAAUCGACGUCGUAAGUGCCUAAUUAUUUUCUUCAGCUUCUUCAUCCGGCGUUGGACUGAUUUUCCCUCGGGUCUUCAAUGUUUAAUCGAAUUCGUCCCUUUCAUAAAUCCUUUUUUUGUCAUUCUCUUACUAUUUCUAUUCUUUUAUGCUAUUUCUAAAAAAAAAUGUGCUAAUUUUUAAGCGUUCUUAUUUUUUUAUCUAGGAUCUCUCUUUUCUUUCGGAAAGAGCAAUAAUGAAAAGAGCAAGCUGAUUUCUAUUAAUAUCUGUUUAG